AACGAACCAUGAAACCAUGGUGGUGGUCAUUUACCCCAGAAACGCGCCCAUAUAGAAGUGCGUCGCGACGCGAUCGCCAGUUUUCUUAGGUUCCUAUCGAAAUCAUCAUCAUUUAUCAUCAUCAUAUCAUUAAGUUUUUCAUCAUGAAAUUAUUUAUUUUAAUGUUCGCAUUCGCAGCGACAUGCAAUGCACAACUUCCAUUUGUGGAUCAGAAUCCGGAAGUUUAUCAGCAGAGAACCGGUCUCGGUCAAAUUCGUCAAGUGAGACAAGCACAACAACAACAACAACAUGCCUUGCCAAAUUAUAGGCCUUACUCUCAGGUACCAGGACAAAUUAAGCAAUUGCUGCAAUUGCAACAGGCGCGUGAACCAAUAGUUAGCGUUCCAGCCCAUGUUAAUCCACCACAAGUGACGCCAGGACAAACGCAUCAAGGUGCACCUCAAGCCAAUGUUCAAACCCAAAGUCAAGCGACAUCUUAUCGUCCUAAAAUUCAUUUUGGUUCUGCACCAUCGCAAGCUAUUGAACCAAUUAAUGUGCAGCGUGGACAACAUCGAGCGCCACAACCACAGGCGUACGCUCCACAAGGACAACAGCAAUAUGCACCACCACAGCAACAAGCUUACAGACCACAGCAACAACAGCAGCCAAUUUACAAUCAUCAACAACAACAACAACCCCACUACUCAAAUAAUAUUCCUCCCGAAAUUCAACAAUUGAUUCAUGCUCAACAAAAUCAACAAGGUUGAUCAUAUAGUAGAGAGAAUGAUGAUGCAAGAAGUCAAAACUCAUCCUGCAUUAAUCGCAAAUAUUAUUUAGUUAGGAAACAAAAGUGACUAGGUCAUUUUGUAACACGAUAUAUAUAUACAUAUAAUUUUAGAGUACAAAAAACAAUUGUUAUUUACUGUGUUCCAAGUAGUAUUGUAUUUUUACAUAAAAUUACGAAAUAAAAUUUUUAAAAUGUGA